UUUUCAGUGGAUCCCAGUAACAGGACGAGGGGUAACAGGCACAAGCUGGAACAUAGGAAGUUCCGAUCAAAUAUGAGAAAAAACUUCUUCACAGUGAGGGUGACAGAGUACUGAACAGGCUGCCCAGGGAGGUUGUGGAGUUCCCUUCUCUGGAGACUUUCAAGACCCACCUGGAUGCAGUACUGAGUGAUGUGCUCUAGGCAAUCCUGCUUUAGCAGGGGAGUUGGACUAGAUGAUCUCUAGAGGUCCCUUCCAACUCUGAAAUUCUGUGAUUCCGUGAAUCUUACAUUGAGGAUUGUGGCACUAACUACACAAAGGAAGCUUUCUACUGCCUUGGUUGAGUAUGUGCAAAGAUGUUAGUUACAGAAAUCAUCAUUUUGCUUAUGAACGGAACAAGUCUGAUGUGAAGUCAUUGAGACAUGUUAAAUGGGAACAUGGGGUUCCUGAUUUAUAUCACUUUUUGGACAUAAAAAUAUUAGUCGGGUGUUCAGAAUUUCCUAAUAAAUACUUGCAAAACUAGUACACUGGGGUGGCAGGGACUUGUUUUUAAAACAUUGGUGUGAGUUUGGUUUAAUAUAUAGACUUUGGCUAUUACACUUUGAAAUGCAAGGAUUCAGUCUUCUAAAAUUUCCAACGCUCAUUCUCAGUGUUGGUGCUUAGACUGUUUCCCAACUAGUGACACUGGAAAGUUCUCUUCAUAUCUUCAUGAAAUGCUCUUUUCAGGUUUUAAAAAUAACUGUUCAGUCUCAUUAGAUGUCUCUGCAAGUGGUCAGAAAUACUUCUGUAAUGGCACAGUUGUAGGAAUGUUGUCCUGUGGGUUUUAUGGUACCGUUAAUGAACUGCUUUAUGCAUAACGUGUUUCCCAUGAUAGAGUGGUGCAGCGCUCAGUCUAGGACUGCCCCAGCUUCCGCUUGGUGGUAUACGCAGAGCACAUUCAGCGCAGUUACGGAACAUCCUGAGAAGCUCACCAAAGACGACAGACACAGUAAGCUCUAGGGCCUGAUUCUUCUAGAGGCCGGAAAAGAGUGUGAAAAGGAAGUGGAUGCCACCUGUCUUAUUUCUGGAAGUCUUUCCCAUGCUGCAGUUCUCUCUCAGCAGCAGGACAGAAAGGGAAAAAAGAUGACCUCAUCUGCUGCAGGUAGGGACAGAAAGGGAAAGAAUGGAUGGCUUAGGUAGCUUAAGAACUCGGAUACCACUCUGAACACUAACAUGCCAAGCCAGAGCAGUCUUUGGCUUUUUGACUCUGUUCAACUUUUAACUGAGGGAGACCACCUGUGUCUUUUAGAAUGAGAAAUACAGAAGUGCGUUGCCUCAUUUGUCUCUGGUGAAUCCCCAGUUUCCCUACAGACUCUACCAUUUUACUUUUUUCCACUCCUUGACAGUAACCCAAAGACAGCGCACACCUGUCACACAGAGUCUGUGUACUGUCGUCCGCUGGGUAUAUGCUGGGUCUGUUGUAGAGCCAGCAGGAACUUUCUGUCUUCUCUGGCACUGGGCAGCCCUGACCUCUUUUGACCGCAGCUAGCCCUGCAGCCCCACCACUGCCGAAACCUUGGCACUGACACCCAAUACAACGGUGUAUAUUUUUAAUAUUUUCAAUGAAAUAUCAAUCAGCUAAAGACAAAGGAGGGGAGAUGGAAAGGCAAUCGAGCUGAACAAUUCUCAGAGAAGGACUCGGGCAGAUGGCUUAACCUUAUGGUCACACUUGAGACCCAGCUUUCUCUUGCCUGUUCUUCAGUGCUGCCUUAUCUACUGCUCUGGUUACGGGAUGACACGUUCUGGGAUAUCUGUCAGGCUUACAGUCUUGGAAAACGUGGGCUUCCAGGAUGCAACAUGCCAGGCAGGAGGGAGCCUUUUCAGCUAUAGACUGGAGCAGAAUGAGGUAUCUGACUAAUCACAGUGGGAGAAAGUAUUUGGGACUAUGGCAAGGAGCAUUGAUAAACCUGUGAAACUGCACAAAGAAGAUGACAGGCAAGAUACUGUCAUGGUCUUCUAACACAAAACCAUUUGGGUACAUCUAAUGUAUUUGAGUACAUCUAAUCAAACAUUGCAAUUGCAUAGACAUGUCCAUGAUAAAGUGGUAUGAAUUACUAAUAAUUUGGGAUAUGGUUCACGACUUUGUAGAAACACUCCUAUGGACAUCAGAGAGAUUUUAAUCAGCAGCAGUUUCUUGGUUUGGUUUGCCCAGAUGCCUAACUGUAUGUUAUGUAAAAUUCUGUGUUUUACAAACAGAAUUGUACUUUUGUUCCACUCCUGCACAAACUCCCAGGAAGUUCUGGGACACGUUGUCUCCUAUAGCAUGGGGAUCUGAAUAUACAAUGCUCUGGGUUGUGAUGUAUUUGCAUGUUAUUUUUCAAGCACAGUUGAGCUUGUUCUGAACUGACAGAAAGCCAUAUGAUCCAGCUCCAACACUGGAAUAGUAAGUCCUGCUGACAGUCAAAAUUAUUUAGCCCAGGUUCAUCUCCUUCAAAACCAUGUUAACUAUGGUUACGUCUCUACUAGAAUCGCAACAUGGCCAUGGCAGGCCUGGAGCAGAGGAGCUGAUGUGUAACCAUCUGUGAGAGGGAACACAAGAUGUGACAUGCCACCUGGACUCAAGGCUGGAGAGUGAUCCCUGAUGGGGACUAAUAUAACUGGAGUCUCUUCAAGAGAAAGAAGCCACGUGCAUGUCCAAAAUGCUAUGUCAACAUGUAUUGGAAGGCCUCAAGCUAUUGGUGCUGGCGGCGCUGCUGUGCGCGGCGCUGCUCCCGCUCCGCCCGGAGGCCGUCAAGGCGCCCAAGCGGCCGGCGCGGACCCGGACCUGCGGCGAACGGCCCGAGGAGCUGCUGGAGCAGCUGUACGGGCGGCUGGCGGCGGGCAUGCUCAGCGCCUUCCACCACACCCUGCAGCCCGAGCCGCCGGGCCGCCAGCACAACGCCAGCUGCCCCACCGGGGGCCGGCCGGCCGGCGACAAGAGGUUCCGGCUGCCCGUCAACCUGCGCAGCGCCUCGCCCUGGGCCUACAGAAUUUCAUAUGAUCCCACAAGAUAUCCUAAAUACAUUCCUGAAGCCUACUGUCUGUGCAAAGGCUGCCUCAUGGGAAUCUUUGGUGAGGAGAAUUUUCACUUCCGCAGCACCCCCGUGUACAUGCCGACAGUCAUCCUCCGUCGCACAUCGUCGUGUGCUGGGGGCCGUUACGUCUACACAGAAGAUUACGUCACUAUCCCAGUGGGAUGCACUUGUGUACCUGAGCAAGAAAAAGAGGCUGAAAGUGUAAAUUCCAGUAUAGAUAAGCAAGAAAUGAAGUUGCUGGUAAGCCAGAACAAGCCAUCAUCCGAAUGAAGAAUAUAUUAAGAGUCAUGUUAACAGUGUUGGCUUCCCAUCAUCAUUUCACCACCUCAGGAAACUGCACCACAGCAGCAAACACAUUGUCUUACCCUCUUUUUCUACUUGCAGUUAUUUCAGUCGCUCAGAUCAUUAGAGAUGACAAUUCAUAUUAAGAACUUCUUUAGUUCAUGUAAGUAUUUGUUGCAAAUUCCAAUGUAACUUUUUUUUUCCUUAGAGCAGAACAUUUUAUCCUUGCUUAUUCACAGUAAAUUUUAGAAGAUAAUGCAACUGUAAGACAUGCUAGCUCUUACUGUAGCAGAAUACUGGUUGUUGAUAUUUUUAAGGAGUAUCUUAUAAUCUGCUUCUAAAUAUUCUUAUAUAAAAAUCACAUAGCUGCCAUACAUGUGCCAAAUUAGCAGUUAAAAGGAUGAUCUCUCGGGCUGGGAGAGCCUUCCUUUGUAUUGCAUAUCUCAACUCCAAGCAGUGUUCUUGGCUGUUAUAUCUUUGGCUAUUUAUAUGCUACAGCAAGGAAGCCUUUGCUGAGUUUGGGUCAUUCAUGAAACAAUAUUCUAUGAGUUUGCUAUUUUUAAACUUGCAAAUAUGGGGACAAAAGUUUUGAGAAAAAGCAUGCUAGAAUAUUGUAAAACUGCAGUGGACUUUUCUGAUGUGGACUAAGUCUAAUUGCACAGAAAAUAUCAACUAGAAAAAACACAGUUUGGGUCCCAAGAAUUCUCUAUUAGAUUUCAUUCAUCAUUAACUGCUUAACUGUUCCUUGUGACAAAACUGUAUUCCAUACAGUUGAAAGGACAAAAUCUUUUCCAUGUUAGGAGAGGAGAUUCCCCAUUAAAAAAGUGUGUGUGAAGGGUAGGCUUCAUCUCAGGUAUGCUGCAGCUGAGUAAACAGGCUAGGUCUUAACUUCUAGAUGCUACAGAGGUCACUGAGGUGAGUCCCAGCCAAUCCAAAGCUGUUAAAUCCAACUAAUUUAUACAAUUAAUUAAUUAUUAUUAUUAAUUGUUGCUCAUUUUUCCCUAUGCUACACAUAACAGACAAUCACCUGCAAAAGAUGCUGGUCUGUGGUAGAGCAGUCUUCCAUCUCUGCAGCUUAUAGGAACUUGAUGGCAAGCCCUAACUAGAAACCCCACAUACACCAAGACUUGCAUUUCCAGAACAAGGGACUGAAGGCUGACUCAGUCUAGGGAAUGAUAAUCAGGAAUAACCAGGCAUACCUUGCAUGACCAUAACUCCUCAGGGGGACACAAUCACCUAAGUUGGUCGGUCUCUGAAUGAACAGCAGAGAAUAUCUUUUACAGUUGAAGGAUCAUGACAGCAGUAUCAUUACAAAAAAGAAUAAACACCAUCUGCAGCAAUGUAUUUGCUACAUCAAGAAUCUCAAAAUUGGGCUUAAUCCAUAGCAGAUAAAGUCCCUACACUAUGGAAACACACGCUCCUUUGGAGUGUUGUUGGAUGAAGAAUGGAAAGACUAUGAGCUAAACAGAAUUAACAAGUUAAAUCAUAUGACAACUCCUUGUCUUGGUGCAUAAUUAUUGACUGUGCUCUUUAUGACUCAGUCUAGUAUAACAGUAUUUUUAUAGUGCAAUCUGUAUCGCUUCUUAGAAAGCCUAAAACAACUUUAAGAACUCCAGAAAUCAAUAAAAGAUUCCCAUCACAAUGUCAGAUUGAAGUUUAUAACCGCGUUUCUUGUGCAGAUGCUUUUCCGCAAUUCUACUUGUUUUCAGAUCUGUGUUUCCUCAAAUUGUGAUGUUUCUAUCUCAAGGGGAUUCUCAAAAGAGGGUUCAAAGAAGGUCAUAAGGUGUUGAUACUACUCAGAGAACAGCUAAUUGCCUAGCUGCUGCCAGCAAUUAAAGGUGGUUACUUGUUUCAUGGAGAAUGUAAAUAUUUGCAGCAAUUUCCUUCCUCCUAAUGCGGAAGAACUUCUCACCUUCUGAGAACAGGGAAAUGGUAAUCAAAGACAGCAGACUUCAAAAGGGAAGCAGACACAGACCCACAAAACUGAAGCAGCACUGCAUUAGAUGAUGCUUCGGCAGUCUAAGAUCUUACAGUUUCACUAUUAAAUUGUGGUUUUUUUCUCCACACACAUACUUCAGACAGGGUGAAGUUGUACCUUCAGCAAAGUCUUCACAGUAAAAGGCAGUCAAAAACUCCAACAACAGCAAAAAAAUCCCAAACCACACAGCCCUUUGAAUUUAGUAAAUACCCAGAAGGGCCACCAAUUAAAGCUCUGGCUAAACACUGCCCUCCAGCAAAACUCAUCUGUUUGCCCACAGACUGCUGUCAUGCAAAUUUAUCUGCAACAAAUUAGUUACUUGAGCACAUGGAUUUAUUUGCAUGAUGUGGAGAAAAAAAUCUCACUUUUUGUUGCUACUCUUUUGUCCCCCAGGCAUAAAUCAUGGUGUCAGUUUGAGGUUUUCUAGUAACUAGAGCAUAUUCUGGGAAUUCCUGGGAGUUGAAGGCGAAGAUCAGGUAAAUGGAACACAAUUGGUUGUGCCAAUCCAGAGAAACAGAUGCUUUAGCUUACAUAUAGCUUCAGGAAUUGGAUGACUGAAAGGAAAGUGUUAGAGAACUGCAAAACCUCAGUGGAUCAACAGAUGAUGUAUGUUGGCGACCUCCUUCUUGUCAUACGGCAACAAGUGCAGAAAGCUUCCUAUGGUUACAAGCAACUUCAUGUUAUCUUACUCAGAAGCCCAUUUUCCUUUUUUAAUCCUCACCCUCUUCAGUGACAGACAUUUUAGCUGAGCCAGUUUGCAUCCCGAUCCAGCUUUCCAGUUAGGUGUCUCUUAAAAGCUAUGUUUGUGUUUUAGAGUGAGCAACUGUUUGAUAGUAAUUUGUUAGUGAACAACUGUAAUACUUAACAUCAAGAACUAUUAUCUACGCAAACAUUUGUCAACCUUCAAAAUAUCCUCCCAUAUAUAAACCCUCUCCACAUCACUCAUGUGGUAAAGCUUGAGUAUUAAAUGUAGCUUGCGUUUGUUUGGAUUUAUUGUUUUUUUAGAGAUCAUCACAUCAUCAAUUUAUAUCAGUUUCACUUCAACUGUAGUGUGACAUUUUCCAGCUUCUAGCCCUCUGGUUACAGCUGCUGCAGCCUUGCCUUUAAUUUGCAUGGGGGGGAGGGACGGUUCACUGGAGUUGCUUCAAGGCUCACAAACUGUUGACACAAGGCAGACAUGAAAUGCCUCAUUGAACCAACUCCAGGCCCAAUAAAUGCAAACAAUUCAAAGCUGAAACUAUCUGGCAGCUGCAGCUGAUUUGAGAAAAUUUUUGUUGCGCCAGGAAAAUCUUUCCUUCGAUGAGGUUGUCCCUGGAAUACAUUAGGAGCCACAAAAGACAGAACAAUAUCCUUGGUAAAGAGAUUAAUUUCUUCUCUGUAGUAUCACUUAAGAUAGGUUGGAAAAAUCGUAUCAUUCAGGAAGGUUGAGAAAAGCCUGAGAUGCUAGUUUUGGUUUACUAGACAGUCAUUACAUGAAAGUGUUUGUCAGAAUAGGCAGAGGGCUACAGAUGCAAGUAAAUGUGAAAUCACGUGGAGGAACAUGAAUAUGAAAGCAGCGAGGAGAAAAGGGGAAAAGGCUAGAAUGUGCUCAGAAAGUAUAAACACUCAUUAAUCUCACGGGGAUUAGGGAACAGCCGUAACUACCUGGACUAGGGUACAUGAGAUCUAGUUAAUCCUACAUGUUUUGCUGAGUAGUGGUGUGAACUACCACUCGUUUUUGCUGUACUCCCAUUUAAGAAGGCAGCAGCUCUGACACCGGCUGACGAGGGGCUUCUGGAACCCAAACCCAGCCGCCCUGUUUCCCACCUCACUGUACGGCAGUGGGACUGCACCCUGCAGGUAAGCAAGGGACAGUGGCAAAACCAACAUCAGGUAUUUCCCACUUUGCUACAGAGGGAUACGGGCAGAGGGGUGAAGGCGAUUGUGUGGUACAGAGGCGGGCUAACUGUGCAACGUCAUGCUAAGAGCAACACCGUUUUUAAUGGGAAGUGCAGAUUAGAUCUUAAUGGAAGCAGUACCUUGAACUUCACGCAACAGCAUUUCUAGAAAUGUUUCAUUUCUCAUGAAGGUGCGGGCAGCUGCAGUGUAUUCACUUUCACCUACAGCCAUCAGCCUGUGCACAAGACACCGGGAUUCCUCUGCCAAGUGUCACCUUCAUACUGACAGCAGGGCAUUGAGAUGUCCUGCUGCUGCACAGCGCCUGUGACUGCAGCCAAGAGGCUGUAGCACAUAUGCCUCUGCAGUCUAAAUGCCACUGGAAAAGUAGCAUGGUGAUAACAUUUCACCACAGGCUGUUCCAAUAGAAAAAUCCAUCCAUGAAACAUCCACAAUAAAGCAAGCCAAUCUACUUGACACUGAAGAUUUUUUCAAUAAUCCUGUUACAGAAAAAAAGAUAGCUUUUGCUGUCACAUAAUACUUAAUGUUACUGCGGUGGCACAAAGUACAAAUUCACUACGUGUUUUCGUGACUCGAAGCCUUCUCAGAAACACAGCUAAUUCCUUGGAAACAAGUAUGACAAAAAAUAGUUUCCCUCCUAUCGUUGAAGGCUGUGAAUGCCACUAGUCAAGCUCUGCUUGGGCAGCUGCCUGUGCUCACCAGGCUUUUCCGAGGGGAGCCAGUGGACAACAGGCUGCUCUGUUGAGUGCAUCGACACAGAUUUACCUGUACCCUCAUCUUCAUAAUCGUGCACCUUCACAGUGCCUCUUUUCAAAGCCUCUGACCUACAUGUGAGAAGUAGCAGUUAUUUUCUUGGGGAACUGAAUUUCUUGGUACAACUGAAUGUUGUACUUUUUUUUUUUUUUUAAGAAAGGUGUCUGAUGAGGUUAGCAAAGUUUUAUUUUAAUUCUGAUAUCGAGAACCCAACAACACACAUUUACCAAAAUUAAGUAGACAAUUGAAGGAAUUAAUAGCAAAGCAGCAACAAAGGUGAAGCUGUAUUUGAAUAGCACGUUCUAAUUUAGGUGGUGGCAGGGGAAGAAUAUCAUCACUUCUGGCAAUAACUGUCCCACUUGAAGUCUCUACAUAGUUAAAAAUAAAGUUUCAGGAGUUACUUCAUUGUCUCCAUCUGUUUGGUGUGCAAGACAUUACGGUAAUAAACAUAAACCAGUUUACAAUUGUGAAGUACAGCUUUGCGCCAAUACCUACACAUUUAACGUUCUGGUUUGCUUUAUUUUUAAACUGGCCAUAUAAAAGUAACGGCAUAGCCACCUGGAGAACAGCUAAACCCAGCUGUGUGUCACCUGUGGGCCCUCAUUUUCAGGGGGGAUUCUGGCUUUAUUGUGCUCAGCAGCAAGAGUGGCUUCUGGAUUGAAAGGCAAAACUGUAUCAACCAUGGGCUCAGAGAGGCUGCCAGAAGACCCCAGUCUCCGUUCUCCCUGCGAGCUCUUCCUCUGCUGCACUUUUCUCAUUUUAACAAUACCCAGUACCAGCCUGAUGGAAACCAAGGCACGUGAAAGAGAAAGAAAACUGGCAUCAUGAAACGUGAGAACGCUAUGUUGGGGUGGGAAGGGGGAGGAAGCGGCAGAUAUAAAAUGUGAGGGGGAAGAAGCCUUAGGAAGUGACCAGAUCUCUUAGAAAGUGGGGAAGAAAGCAGCAGUCUUGGACGGGUAUUUAGGAACCAGUGUUGCGUCCAGUUCAGGAAGCACAAUUCUCUGAGCACUGAGACAGGAUCAUAUUCCACCUACAUUAUUCCUGAUAAUUUGUUUACUCCACCAGAUGGGAAAAUGUGCAUCCAAGUAGCAGAAAUUCAAAGAAACAUGAGUAUUAUCUCUACCUUAUUAAAAGUCUUGUCUCACAAGCUUAAUCAGGUUUAUCCCCACCACAAAAUAAUUUUUGUAAUACUUCAUGUUAGGUACUUCAUUUUGUAGACAAAACGUUUCUGUUAGCCUUUUCACAUAAAGACAAGUGUUUAUAUUUUGUAUAGUAUAUUUAUAGUGGAUAAAACUCAUGAGUGAUGUGGAAUUUAUGAACCAGCUUUCACCCAAAAAUACAGCAGUAGUGCAGUCAAAGGUUUGUCAAAAGUGGCUUUAAAAAUUGCCGGUUACCAAAAAUCUCUAAUUUUUCUAACAUAUCAUCUAUUUUGAUUGAAAUUGAUUGAAAUAUAGCCCAACCCCUUCACAUAAGAUUUGACACUUGUCUAUUAGAAACAGUGUGAGUUUAUCAAUACAUUAUAUUAUAUUUCAGUGGCCUUGUAAGAUUCAAUGAUUUCUAAGAGGCUCCUGUUCUACCACUGUGCUGUUGUCUGUGGAACAGAAGGCAAAGAUAAAACUGGGCAAUUGGAAAAAAAAGACGAUUCUUCUAACUACAGACUUGACGCACCUGUAAAUCAUCUUUAGCUUGAUAGUGACAUCUAUUAAAAAGCAGG